AUGUUUCUUUCGUUUAUUUUCUUCCGUCCUUUUUUCUUCCUUCCUAAGGUAUUUCUUCUUUGUUUAUCUUCCUCGCUUAAUUCGUUUUUUUCUUUCUAUUCAUUUUUUUUCUUUGCUUUUUCACCUUCUACUUCUCUUCCUUUUUUGUCACAAUUAUUUCUUAACCUUCUCAAUAGCUUUUUGUUGAUGUCGUUACUUGCGUUGCUAUUCUUGAUUUUUCAGGUUUUUUUCUCAUCGUUCCAUGUUUAUUUUUUUGUCUUGGCUAAUUUUUUUUCUUUUUCUUUUCUUCAUUCUAUUCAUUUUCUUUCUUACUUUCUUUCUAGAAACUUUUCGUUUAUUUCUUUGUCUCCGCUAUUUUUGUUUUUCUUUUCUUCAAUUAUACUUUUCUUCCUUUUUUCAUUUCUUUUUUACUUACUUUCUGUCCCAUUCUUUCUUUCUUUCUGUCUGUUUGUCUUUCUUUCUUUCUCCACAAGUUCUAUGUAUUCACUAUUUUUCUUUCUUUUGUAUGUGUUCUCAUUAUCCACAUUCUCUCUCUCUCAACAACGUCCAUUACUUCGAAUCUCACUGGAUGCCCUACAUUUGUGGCUUUCUUCUUCUUCUUCUUCUUCUUCUUCUUCUUCUUCUUCUUCUUCUUCUUCUUCCACUUCUAUCUGCCGUGUCUCUUCAGGAGUGAUUUUCCAAAUCUUAUUUUCUCUCUCUCUCUCUUUCUUUCUUUCUUUCUCUCUCUCUCUCUCUCUCUCUCUCUCUCUCUCUCAAGGGUUCCAUCAAAGAAACUAUUCUUCUUCUUCUUCUUCUUCUUCUUCUUCUUCUUCUUCUUCUUCUUCUUCCUCCUCCUCCUCCUCCUCCUCGUCAUAA